UGCCGCAGACUCACGGCGUUUAGCUCCGGUUUAGCUCCGGGGCUAAAGCUCAAAUUAAACUCAAACUAAACUUAAACUAAACUCUUCCGGUUUGUAAAAUGUUUAAAGGACAAACGCCGAGAGUUUGUGUGAAAGAGGAAAAGGACCAGAAGGACUCGGAGGACCAGGAGGACCCGCGGCACCAGCGGCUCUGUGACCCGACUCUGAGCGCACAGGCCCGGCUCCACAGGACACAAGCUGUUCAGAUGGAGCGGUCCUGCCCUGAGUCCAGAGUGAAGGAGGAAACCCCCGAGAGUCGACAGAUUAAAGAGGAGGCAGAGGAGCGGAGCGUGAAACAGGAGGAAGAGCCGCUCCCGGAGUUCACCGUCGUGUGUGUGAAGAGUGAAGAGCCGUCCUCGCUGCUCCGACCGAGACAAACCGAGGCCCGAGAGGAAGAGGAGCGACCGGCGCACGCACACGGACACUUCUCCUCGCGCGCCGACCCACAAUCCGACCGCUCCUCUGACACAGACGACGACGAAGACUGGGAGGCUCCGGCCGCCGCUUCCGCCGUGCGCACGGAGACGGAGGAGCACGGAGAGCGCGACGAACGAACGCCGAGGACAGACGCGAGUCCGGCCGCGCACAACUCGGCGGAGAGGAAACACGAGUGCUCCAUUUGUAAAAAGGGAUUCACCACGAGACUCAACCUCGAGGUGCACAUCAGGGUCCACACGGGAGAGAAACCUUACAGCUGUUCGUACUGCGACAAGACAUUUGCCCAAAAGGGAAACCUCAACAAACACAUAAGGACCCACACGGGAGAAAAACCCUACAGCUGCCCCUACUGCGACAAAGUGUUUUCUCGGAAUUCGUGUCUGAGCGAACACAUCAACACGCACACCGGGGAGAGACCUUACAGCUGUUCGUGCUGCGAGAAAAUGUUCACGGAGAGCUCGACCCUCCGGCGCCACAUGAGGACCCACACGGGAGAGAAACCCUACAGCUGCUCGGUUUGUAAGAGAACGUUUGCGCAGCAGGCGACGUUAGAUAAACACGCGAUAAUCCACACGGGAGAGCGACCUUUCAGCUGUCCGUUCUGUCAGAAGACGUUCACGUACAAGUCUGCUCUCGGGGUCCACAUCAGGAUCCACACGGGGGACAAACCUUACAGCUGUUCGAACUGCGAGAAAGAGUUUAGGAGCAAAUGCACGCUGGACAAACACAUGAUGACGCACACCGGGGAGAAACCCUACAGCUGCUCAAUUUGUAACAAAACCUUUGCGUACAAGUUGAGUCUGGAAGUUCACACGCGCGUUCACACGGGGGAGAGACCCUUCAGCUGCUCGGCCUGCGGGAAAGCGUUUCUCGACGGAUCCGCGCUGAAGAAACACGAGAGAACUCACGCCAGAGAGAAACCUUUCAGCAGUUCAGACCCUCAGAAAACCUCGGUGUCGUGAACGCGCCGCGUCGAGGGCGUUUUUCUGUUUCAACGAAAACACGAGGACGGAGGAUUUGAUUUAGAAUUUAAGAGAUUCUAAAAACACAAAACUGUUUUUUUUAAUUUUCCUCGUCACAAUCGACUCGAUUCACGACGAAGACGUUUGGAAACACGAGGAGGACGACGUCUGAUGGAGCUACAGACACUGAGAACGUGAUAAAACCAGGACUAGACCAGGACUAAGCCAGGACUAAACCAGGACUAGACCAGGACCAGGACUAAACCAGGACUAAACCAGGACUAAACCAGGACUAAACCAGGACUAGACCAGGACCAGGACUAGACCGAGACUGGACCGGGACUGGACCAACACCAGACCAGACUAAACCAGGACUAAACCAGGAAUAAACCAGGACCUAGACCAAGACUAGACCAGGACCAGGACUGGAUCGGGACUGAACCAGGACUGGAUCGGGACUGAACAGGACUGAACCAGGACUGAACCAGGACUGAACCAGGACUAAACCAGGACUAAACCAGAACUAAACCAGGACCUAGACCAGGACUAGACCACGAUUUAGACCAGGACUAGACCAGGACUAAAGCUGGACUAAACCAGAACUAGACCAGGACCAGAACUAAGCCAGGACUAGACCAAAACCAGACAAGGACUAAUGCAGGACUAAACCAGAACUAAACCAGGUCUAAACCAGGACUGAACUGUGGUUUUAGCAGAAGUGUCUUCUCUCUAAAGGUCGAGGUCGGAACUGUUGAUCUGAAGGACGUAACGGUUUAAUUAAAAUUAUAAAACACAAAUGAACAGCCAAUUUAUAAAAGGAAAAAAAGAAUCCACAUGUUUCCAAACGUCGGCCGGUUUUGUGACGUCAGAGUGAACGGAGAACCUCGUCUCGUGACUUUUGGGGUAAACGACGUGAACCAAAAAUCCACCGAGACUGAGACGAGCUUCAGAACCAGAUCAUGUUUCAUUUUCUUGAGUUCGGUUUAUUCUGGGCGCUCAGCGGGUGGGGCUCAGGUGGGCAUGUUUCUGGAUGUUUCUGGAUAUUUCUGGAUGUUUCUGGAUGCAUUUAUUACGUAAAACUUAUGAAAAAUGAAGAAACAGAAAUGUGAAAAUGUUUAAUUUGUCCAACAAUGUGCAGAUCUCAAAUGAAACGAGGCGAGAGUUUUACAGAAACACUCUUCACGUUUUAAUAACAUCUGGACCAAAGAGGAUUGUGUUUUGUGUUUGUUUGUUUUUUCGACUGUUGCCGUGGUAACACUCCCUGAAUCGAGAUCAUGAUUCUGUGAUUUGUGACGGUUUGAGUCAGAUCGUCUGUCAGGAAAAACGGUUCUCGUUCUCAGACUCAUUUGGAGUGAAGUUUGGAUCGUCUGUAAAAUAAGCACUGAUUAAAAUCUAUUGUUUAUGUUGAAGAAUUUCUGAAUCAGAAAAAAAAAAAAGUGCCUUCUUCCAUCGUACAACGUUGUUCCUCAUCUUAGACUUUCCUCAAUAGAAAUAAUUUGAACA